AGGAGAUGGGAUCUGGUGGGGAGACCCCAAGACAUCAGAAGAGAUGGGAAGUAGGAGUAGAUGAGUGGCGCCCACCAGAAACAGAGCAAGAAUGCCUUGAUUAUUACCAGGAAAGAAUUGCAAAUUCACAUGCUCGACAACUGCUACCUCUCCAAGAGGAUUUAGCAGAGUGGCUUAAUAAAACUUUAGGCCUUAACUACAUCACAGCUUCCAAUUUUAUAGAUGUUUUGGAUAACGGUGCAAUUUUAUGCCACUUAGCUCAAAUCAUACAAGAAAAAGCUAAUGAAGCCAUCAAGUCUGGGACAGCUGGAUUUAAUGGACCUGUGCCUGUUAUAAAAGGACCAUUUUUUGAAAAAGCUUCUAGAAAAAGUUUCUUUUCAAGAGACAAUACGGAGAAAUUCAUCCAAUUCUGCAAGCAAUUGGGUGUUCAUCAGAAUUUAUUAUUUGAAACAAAUGAUCUUGUUCAGCAGAACAAACCCAGAAAUGUAAUACUUUGUUUAAUGGAAGUUGCGAGAAUAGCCUCUCGAUUUAAUGUAGAACCACCAGGCUUAGUUGCUCUAGAAAAAGAAAUAGCUGAGGAGGAAUCUAGAGAACUGCGUGAUUGGCAGUUCCAAACAAUUCAUAGGCCUAGUUUUAGCAGUUCUGAAAAUGCUCUGUGUACUGAACCCAGCAAAAACAUUUUUAUACAAGAAGGAGGGUGUGGUGUAGGAGAAGUUUUGAGAAGAGUGGCUAGUGAGCGGAUACCAGCUAGUGUAGGAAACAGUGAACCAGAUGUCACUGAUGACUGGUCUAGGAGCAGUACUGAAGAGCCUUUAGAAAAUGAAUUACCAGAAGCUGGUUUAAAUGAUCUUGAUGUGAAGGUGAAAUAUGUCACCAAAGCCGCAUUAAGGCAAUGCCGCUGUAUAGGAUCCAAAUGUGAUAAGUUAAAAGUUAGAAAAGUAGGUGAAGGUAGAUAUAACAUAUUUGGAAGAAACGUCUUUGUGAGGCUUUUGAAAGGGCGACAUAUGAUGGUGAGAGUAGGUGGUGGAUGGGAUACACUUGAACAUUUCAUGCAGAGACAUGAUCCAUGUCAAGGUCGUAUUGGUAGUAGACCAUCCACACCAGCAGCUGGAAAAGGACAAAGACCUUACUCCGCACUGAACUCCUAUGAUGUCCAUAGUGCACUACAUACACCUCAUUCACUAGGACGCUAA